AGGCGUGGGGCGGGGCUCUCGAACCCCAGCCUGCACGCCGGGAUUCACCGUGCAACGCCGCGGACGCUUCGGCUCCUGCGGUCUCGUCGGCGUAUCCGCGCGCACUCGCGUGUCCCCGGCGUGAACCGGAACCGCUUGCGGAAGUCGCGGCUUGGAGCCGGGCGCUGAACAGGAACGCGGUGGGAGGCUGCCUGCGCGGCCCCGCCCGCCAUGGCCGCUGCGGGGUGAGCUCUGCGUGGGGCCGCAGUCGCAGGCUCCUCCGCCUCAAACCAGGGCCUGAGGCCGUAACAGCCGGGGUCGCUGUCUGUCGGUCGCCGUAGUCGCCCGCACGUUGCCGCCGUCCAUGGCGCGGCCCCGCCGCCGCCGCCGCUUCUGACCCGGGCCCGGUGCGGUUUCCGCCCUCCACGGGGCGCGGGCGGCCUACCUUUGCGCCCGAGCCUGCGCCCGCGCCCCGGGGCUACCAGCCGGGUGGUCAGCGAUGGGGAACACAACUUCGUGCUGCGUGUCGUCCAGCCCCAAGCUCCGGAGGAAUGCUCACUCGCGGCUGGAGUCCUACCGCCCGGACACGGAUCUCAGCCGCGAGGACACUGGCUGCAAUUUGCAGCACAUCAGCGACCGGGAAAACAUCGACGAUUUAAACAUGGAAUUCAAUCCUUCAGACCAUCCUCGGGCCAGCACAAUAUUCCUCAGCAAAUCUCAGACAGACGUGAGAGAAAAACGCAAGAGUCUCUUCAUUAACCAUCAUCCUCCAGGGCAGACAUCAAGGAAAUACAGCUCCUGCUCUACCAUCUUCCUAGAUGACAGCACAGUCAGCCAGCCAAACCUCAAGUAUACCAUCAAAUGUGUAGCUCUUGCGAUAUAUUACCACAUCAAAAACAGGGACCCAGAUGGAAGGAUGCUCUUAGAUAUUUUUGAUGAAAACCUCCACCCUCUUUCGAAAUCCGAAGUGCCACCAGAUUAUGACAAACAUAACCCAGAGCAGAAGCAGAUUUACCGGUUCGUUCGGACACUGUUCAGUGCUGCUCAGUUGACUGCUGAAUGUGCCAUUGUCACCCUGGUAUACCUUGAAAGGCUCUUAACAUAUGCAGAGAUUGACAUCUGUCCAGCCAAUUGGAAGCGCAUUGUUCUAGGGGCAAUCCUGCUGGCCUCUAAGGUGUGGGAUGACCAGGCUGUAUGGAAUGUGGAUUACUGCCAGAUCCUGAAAGACAUCACAGUAGAGGACAUGAAUGAACUUGAGCGGCAGUUCCUUGAGUUGCUGCAGUUUAACAUCAAUGUUCCUUCCAGUGUGUAUGCCAAGUAUUAUUUUGAUCUUCGUUCUCUGGCAGAAGCAAACAACCUGAGCUUUCCUCUGGAGCCCCUAAGCAGGGAUCGUGCCCACAAGCUUGAGGCCAUCUCUCGUCUCUGUGAGGACAAGUACAAGGACCUGAGAAAACCCAUGAGGAAGCGUUCAGCAAGUGCUGACAACCUGAUUCUGCCACGGUGGUCUCCAGCCAUCAUCUCCUAACUAGGGCACUCUCUUGAGGCCAUGCCAUCCCUAAUUUCUCCUUUUGUUUAAGAAAAGAUGAACUGAGGUGGUUUAGUUUGGUUUUCUUUUUUCCUUCUGUUUUGAACACAGAGCCCCAUCAAGGAUGCCUUCUCGCCACCUCCACACUGCGUGAGUGCAGGCAAAGGGGCUUUAAGGGACGUGGAAUCAGUAUUCAGGAAACUGGGUAUCAAGCCUUCCCGGCCAUCAUGAACAGCACUUCUUUCAUGGAGGAAACAGACUCUAAUCCUGGAGAAGGAAAUGAAGGAAAAGGAAGUUGUCUUGAGGCAGAGAUUACUUGGUAGCUUUGCUGUUUCUGGGUUCCUGUCUGCUCAUAGAUAGCAGAUGGACCCAGGUGAUAGGCAGCAGAGCUGAAUGCAUCUCCGAAUCAGCAGUGCCGUGCUAUGCCCUCGGAAACAGCGUGCUCUGUAAGACUUCCUGCAUUCCUUCUUGCUGCUCUCUUGGGCUUGGGGAUGGGGAUGUUUGUUGAUUUUUAUUCUGGUUUGGUUUUGAUUCGUCAGAGCAGAGAGUAUAGUUUGUAAUCACCGUGACACAGACAUCCAAAUAAAUAGUGCUGGUUAUUUAUCUCUGCUCCAUUUUCUCUAGCCGUCUUCUGAGCUUUCUUCCUCACACGUAAGAUGUGCUUGUUGUCUUUCUACACACCUGUUUUAUAUGAUUCCUUUUUCAACAAUAGCAGGAUUAACUUGACUGUAGUGCUAAACCAAAACUUUCCCUCUCCUGCCUAAUUCCAAGAACAUUCUAUCUAGAUUAACAUGGGUGCUUGUGCCUUCCAGUUUUCUUGAAGUUGGUUGUUCUUGGUUUUGGUUUUGUCACCUCUCCCUCCCAGGUUCUCUUUUUCUGCUAACAUGAAGGUGUAAAUUACAAAACUCAAUCAAACUUUGUGACUGAAGGCAAAAGUCUUCAGCACAAGCAUCUUGGAUAGAGAAGCAUCCGGGGAGCCAGGUUUUCCUGACCUCAUGAGGAGCCGUGUCCAUGUGCUCCCUGCCUGGUCAUUCUUAUACUUCCAUGUCCAUUGUUGUAAGCAAUAUUCUCCUUGACUUUUAUAUGCUUCCUUUAAAUCAAAUUUAGUCUAUUUGUAUACAGUUUUUUUAAAAAUCUAAAAUUUAGAAAAUGGGGAGUGGGUGGGUGGGUAUUCCAGUGGGAAAGAUCACUAAAAGGAAAAAUGUUACUAUUUCCUGAGGUGUUUUUCACAGAAUGAUUGAAUAAAAAAAAAAAAAUUCAACUUGCAUUCUCAUUGUGGGUGCUUGGAGAAGCUAUACAAACUGUGAAGGUUCAUACUUCCUUAAUUAUAACCAGCUUUUUUUGUUUGUUUGUUUUGUUUUCUGACUAUUUCUGACUUGUUUUGGGGACAGAUUAAACUCUUCUAUUGAGUACAAUAAAAAGGUUAAAGGUACCUAUCAAAGAGAGAAUCUAACAUGAAGUCCAAGAGUCUGAGUUACACACAAGUGCUUUGCUUCUGCCCAUCUUCUUAGGUUGCAAUGACCAAGGUUUGUGAGGUUUUCCUUGUUUGAGACAAAUUCUAGCAUUUACUUUGUUACAUACUCCUCCUGUGUGAGCUUGGAAAAGUUUAGAAUUGUAUGUUAGUGUUGAAUACCCUAAAAUCAUAUACCUGACCCCUCUCAAUAGAGCACACUUUGAAAAUGGAAGGAACAAAAUGUCAAAAUCCAAAAAUUAUGGGGCCACAAAUGUUAGUCAGGAUUUAAUGCAGUGUGUCUUACGUAGUUCUGUAUGCAAUAUCAACAGAUUCUGGCCUAAACUUCCAAGUCAGGAAGGAAAAAAUUAAGUGCCCUCCUGUUGCUUCUUUGAUGAUUUGCUCUGAGUGGGAAACAGAAUCAGCUUCUCUCCUCACGAACCUUAAACAGAGGUCUAAAAAUGUAGAAAGUGUCAUUUUGUAUUCCCUCAUCUCUAUAACUCUAAAAGGGACCUAUUUUCUUAUCCAAAUGUGAAUACCUCUUAGACAAAUUCCUUCCUCUCAUGUAAAGUACCUUAUUUUACCAGCCCAUUUCAGGAAAGAACUGCUGACUUGAUGGCAGAAAUCUUAUUUUUAUUCCUUUUAUUUGGAUGAGAGAUUUGGAAAUUGACUUAUGUAAAUAGUUCAAUGCACCUGAUACUAUUUUGUGGAGUUUAUUAAACUACUUUAAAAGAUUGUACAGUGUAUUUAUUAUAUGUGUACACACAGCCUGGUAUCUGACAUCAACAGUGACUCUUUAUAGCCUGGCUUGGUUUUAUUCAGACUGUUGACUAUUGUUUUUAAGCCUUGUGCACUGAACUCUACCUCUGAAAAGGAAAGUUUUCCCUUUGCAUCAGUGAGUGUUAAGCUGUAUUAAUUGGUUGUAUUUCUUGCACUAAGGAUUUCAGUUGUACUGUUUAGUCUGAAUUACUAGGCAUGUAAGUAUAGGCUCAUUAAUUUUUCUAUACAAUAAUGAAGACUUAUUUUUGUUUUCUGGGUUGUUCUCAGUUUGCCAAAAGAAAAAGGAGAUAAAACAGUCUGAUAACAGUGUUGAUAAAUCAUAGUGACUGUAACUUGUUUGCAAAGUAGUUUGGUGUCCAACAGAUAACACUGGAUGCUGUUCAGGAAUGCUAUCUCAGUGCAGCCUUUAGUCAAGAGCUCAUAGUCAUUGAUGAAGGAUGAAGAAAGUCACAGUUUCUUGACUAUAGACUUGAUUUAAAUAGCAAAUAUAACUUGUUGGAGAAUAAACACACAUUCCGGUAAAUUUUGCUUUACUUUUUCACUGGGAAAAGUAAGGAGUUAAGCUUAAAUGAAGUAAAGUUAAAAUAUAAUGCGAUCCUGAAGGUUAUAGCGGUGCUCUCAUGCCUUAAUGCUCAGGUGAGACCAGCUGUGGCCUCAGGCCUCCAGCUGUUGGUGAUAGCUUUUCUGUUCUGUGUUCCUUCUCCAUGGUCUUUACAUGGGGGUAUCUCCAACUUGGUGUUUCCCUUGCUUCAGGGGAUUUUACUGCUUAGUUGAGCUUCAAGGCAGAAUUUGGCGAGUUAUGAUUUUGCAUAUUCCUGCUGCUUUAGGGACUGCAACCUGGGGCUGUAUUUUAAGCUUUGAGUUUAUAUGUGUAUAUAUUCUUAGUUCUCUAUAGAUAUUUGAUAAGUUAAAUAAAUAUAUAUGUACAUGGAACAAAUACUCUGCCUUCCUGCUAUAUUUUUUUAGUUAUGUUGAUACAAAAUUAGACAGUAUUUUCAGAGUGGUAACACUGGAUUAUGAUUUUGAGGCUGGCCUGCCUGGUCUAUGUAGUAAUACUUUGCCUCAAAAAAGUAAAAUUGAGCAGGUUUUAUGGGUGAUGAGUAAAUUAAUUUUAAGAGCAGUAAGAGAAAGAGUGUGUGUCUUUAGUGAUUAAGAAACUGCAACCCACCUGGGACUUAAGGAGUUAAAUUAGCCAGUAGGAAUCAGAGCACAUGCUUUCCUUAAGUACUGUUUUUGUCUUAUAAACCGCUAUGUCCUGGCCUUCACUGGAGUGAAUAUCUCAAGACUGAGCCUUGGCAGUUCUUACAAAUAUGAAUGGUCUGAAAAGCAGCCACAGAUGGUGCCUAUCCUUGUCAACAGGAGGAAACAAGAAGCAUAGCCUGCAGCAGAACUGGGGAAAGUACUUAGCUUAGGGCUCAGCUCCAUGAACAGAAAGAAAACUAAAGCCCACAAUAGGAAUAACAGUUCAGCCUUAUUGAAUGCAGAGCACAGAGCAGCACCAGAAUGCCCUCGAAGAAGCAAGCUGCCUGACAGCUCCAUUAGAGAUAGGGAGUCAGUGAGGCGUGUGCUCACACUGCUGAUGACUUUACCAAGCCAUACUCCAUGCUACUUGUUAGAGCUUCUUACUGAGUUUGUACAUGAAGGCCACAGAUCCUCUGGUGCCACUUUUACUAGAAACUUUUUUGGUAAGCAAUACGAACAUUACUACUUUUACUGAUGGUGUGUCGUUAGAAGCUGCUUUGUGUGUACACUGCUGCAGGGUGAGCUAUCCCUGAGCCAGGACUUGUUCCAAAACCCAUGUAGAGUUCUCCAAGAACCUGUUUAUACUAAGAAAUGCCCUCCAAGGUGUCUGACUGGAUGGCAUUUGGGGUUUAUAGGUCCUAGUAAACCAUCUUGUAUCCUUUUGUGAUUUGUUUGGGGGCAGGGGACUUUAUUCUUUUUGAAAACUUUUGUUUAUAAAUAGAUUUAAAUGUGCAAUCAAAAACUGUCACCUUAAAAUAAAUACAGUUUUGACAAAAAUGUUAA